AUAUUCUUCUUGUUGUAAACAAAUCUAAAAGACUGCUAAAAUAAAUAAUUGUUUUGGUAAUUCUAUAAAUAAUAUUGUUGAAAUUUGUAUUUGAACUAUUAAAAUAUGGCUUCCGCAUCCAGUAGCAGUGCCCGACACUUGUUUGAUGAGAGCAAAAAACGUUUAUGUGCUCGAGUUGCAGUUAAUGUUAAUAAUUUGGGAUCCGUUGCUCGACAAGUUGUACGCAGUUCUAAAUCAAAUGAGAUUUUAAAUCAAGGCAUUCGCAAUUUUACCCAAGUUGACAUUGUAUCCGAUUACAGUGCUCAAAAUUUAAAUAAAAUGUCUUUAAUAUUGCAGCAUGUUAGUUAUCACUAUGAUGCCAUGAAUGAUAGUGUCAAUCAUUUGGACUAUUUGAAGGAGCAGGUGACAGCAAUGGAAAGGUGACUGGAGGUUAAGAAGUAAACGAAAGCUCUGAAUAUAAAAUUAAUUUAAACAAAUUUAAUUAUAAUUGAUUUUCAAAGCAUUUCAUUUACUCUACUCUUUAAUUUUAGUAAAAAAAAAAUAAUAUUUUUAUAAACAUACGUAUGUAUUAGUAAUCUUGUAGACAUAAUAUUUAGAUUAUUAGUAAUUAAUAUAUUUUAAAUUGUACUAAAUACUUUUUUUAUAAAUUAGUUCACUUCACUUAUGGAAAUUGUUUAUAUAAUUUUUUGGUUUAUUAAAAAAUUUCCCCUUUAUACUUUGGUUUAAUAAAGCAAAAUAUUAGUUUGAUGAAAAAAA